GGCUGCGGCGGCGCUGGCGCGGCGGCUUCCCGCGGCGGAGGGGACCCCAGGGCGCCGAGCCCCCCGCCGUCCCCCGCCACGGAGCAGGACUCGGAGCGGCCGGGCCCAGCGGGGGCCGCGCGCCCACCUGCCCCUGGCCCGGCGCCCACGCGGGCCCAGCGCAUGAGCAGCCCGGCCCGCUGACCGCCACAUCGCCACUGUCCACCCCGCCACGGCCACGCCAUGUCCGGCUCCUACGAUGAGGCCUCGCUGGCUGCAGAGGAAACCACAGACAGCUUCUGGGAGGUGGGGAACUACAAGCGGACGGUGAAGCGCAUCGAUGACGGCCACCGCCUGUGCAAUGACCUGAUGAACUGCGUGCAGGAGCGCGCCAAGAUCGAGAAGGCGUACGCCCAGCAGCUCACCGACUGGGCCAAGCGCUGGCGCCAGCUCAUCGAGAAAGGCCCGCAGUACGGCAGCCUGGAGCGCGCCUGGGGGGCCAUGAUGACCGAGGCAGACAAGGUGAGCGAGCUGCACCAGGAGGUGAAGAACAACCUGCUGAACGAGGACCUAGAGAAGGUCCGGAAUUGGCAGAAGGACGCCUACCACAAGCAGAUCAUGGGCGGCUUCAAGGAGACCAAGGAGGCGGAGGACGGCUUCCGCAAGGCCCAGAAGCCCUGGGCCAAGAAGAUGAAGGAGCUCGAGGCCGCCAAGAAGGCGUACCAUCUGGCCUGCAAGGAGGAGAAGCUGGCCGUGGCGCGGGAGAUGAACAGCAAGUCCGAGCAGUCCGUGACCCCCGAGCAGCAGAAGAAGCUGCAGGACAAGGUGGACAAGUGCAAGCAGGAUGUGCAAAAGACCCAGGAGAAGUAUGAGAAGGUGCUGGACGACGUGGGCAAGACCACCCCGCAGUACAUGGAGGGCAUGGAGCAGGUGUUCGAGCAGUGCCAGCAGUUCGAGGAAAAGCGCCUGGUCUUCCUCAAGGAGGUGCUGCUGGACAUCAAGCGCCACCUCAACCUGGCGGAGAACAGCAGCUACAUGCACGUGUACCGAGAGCUGGAGCAGGCCAUCCGGGGGGCCGACGCCCAGGAAGACCUCCGAUGGUUCCGCAGCACCAGCGGGCCCGGCAUGCCCAUGAACUGGCCCCAGUUUGAGGAGUGGAACCCAGACCUCCCUCACACCGCCGCCAAGAAGGACAAAGUUCCCAAGAAGGCCGAGGGGGCAUCACUGAGCAACGCUGCCGGGGCGGUGGAGUCCACCUCGCAGGCAGGGGACCGCGGCAGCGUCAGCAGCUACGACAGGGGCCAGACUUAUGCCACGGAGUGGUCGGACGACGAGAGCGGGAACCCGUUCGGAGGCAACGAGGCCAACGGGGGCUCCAACCCCUUCGAGGAUGACUCCAAGGGCGUGCGCGUCCGCGCCCUCUACGACUACGACGGCCAGGAGCAGGACGAGCUCAGCUUCAAGGCCGGAGACGAGCUGACCAAGCUGGGCGAGGAGGACGAGCAGGGUUGGUGCCGCGGGCGGCUGGACAGCGGGCAGCUGGGCCUCUAUCCCGCCAACUACGUGGAGGCCAUCUAGCUGCCCUGCUCCCCACACACUACCCCCCUGCCUCUCCCUCACCGCGCCCUCCUCCCCCCUUCCCCACGCCAUAGAGUUCCAGACAUAUUUUCCGAUCAAGCUUUUAUUUUUUUAAACGUCAAAACAGAACAAAACAAAAACUACAAAGAGACAGAGCGUUUGCAGGGCUGCCCGGAGGCCAGCGCCCCAGGGUAGGUGAGGGUCUUAGCCUGACUGACAUCACAUCUGCUCUCCAGACCCCACCAGAGUGUCUCCUGAGCCGGAGGGACGGCUCCUGGACCCUUCUCUCAGCUCGCGUCCCCGCCCCCAUUCUCGGGCCUGAUUUUCUGAUCUCUCGUUGCCGUCAGCUCCCACCGCCACCUUGCUCUCCCCAGCCCCCCCCUCCAGGCUCCCCAGAAGGGGACUUCUGGUCUGUCGUCUUUCACUUUGUCUUGGGGAGCCCCCUUUAUCUCCUAGCCCCGCCCUUGGGACUGGAAUGGGGCUGGCGGAGGAGAAGGGGGACCCUCUUCUCCUGUAGAGGAAUCCUGGGGUCCCUUGCUUCCCCCAGGUACGAGGAGAGGUGAGCUGGGGCCGGCACCGGUGUUCGUGAGGUGCUAGAGGGUGCAUGAAGGAGCAGGCCUCAGUCCUCCCAGCUCCCCGCCCAGCCAGGGACCGCCACCCCCUGCUGGACCCUUGCCCCCCACUGUCCAAGCAGCUCGUCCCCGGAGCCGCCCCCUUAGCAACUCACAGAGACCCCCAACCCCCUCUCAGAUGUCUCCAGGCCCAGGGCACAGCCAGCAACAGUAGCAGCCUUCCCUGUGGGGGGGCCCCUGACCAGCGCCCCGCUCCAGCCCCCACAAGGCGCAUCACGCCGCAGGAAAGCGAGCCGGAAUGCCAGGCACCCCCUCCUGCCCCCUCUCUGGCCUGUGUCGGGGGUCCCGGCGGGGUUUCAGGGAGAGCCUGGGAACGUCCCUGCUGUCCUGACAGGGUUUGGCCGAGCAAGGACCGUGAUCUCCUUGUGAGAAGUCCAGAGAGUGACUCUGUCUUCCCUGCCCCACUCCGUCCCCUUGCAGGUUCCCCUCCCCCGCAGCUACACACUUCCCUGCUGGCAGCCCCUGCAGCCCCCCAGCCUGGGUCUCAGUAAAACAACGUUUUGGGGUGGGAGGAGCUUUGGAGGCAGAAAGAGGGGCCAGUGCAGGGCAAGACCCCGAGGUGGCGGGGAGCACUGUAAGGGAAGGGGGGAGGGUGAGGAGCUGGAAGUUCUGGGGGCCCGGGGAGCUGCCCCCUCUCCGGGGCCUGCAGGCCCCGCCCCACUCUGCAUUGCAUCAUCGGGCAACUGGGCCCUCCUGGCGCCCUAGCCCGCCCCCCACCCUGGCUGCUCCUCCUGACAGCCCACUCCCAGCGCCAGGGAGCCCAGCCGCAGGGCCCCCCCCCACGCUGCGUGGGUGCUGUGUGUCCUCGCGGCUCCGGGCCAGGGGGGUGGGGUACCCCCGCAGCACCCAGGGCCUGUGGGCUCGCUCCCCCCCGCCAUCUGCAGCUCUGCAGGGCUUGGAGCGAGUGGGGUGCCCUCAGCCCCGCCCCGCUCACCAAAGGCCUCCAGCCUCUUCCAGCCAGCGUGGUGUCGGGGGGGCUGGUGCCCUCAUGCCCUCGGAAGGUGGGAAGCUGGCGCGUCUGCACCCGGGGCCUGGCCUUGGCCUUCUCGCUGUGCCGGCGGCUGCCCAGCCUCGGGGGAGGGGCGGUGGCCCUGACCACAUCCCAGGCCUGGCGCCCUCAGAACUCAGCUGCCCGCGGGGCAGGGACUCGACACCCCGUUCUCUCUAAGUACCCGCCUCCGGGGCCCCGUGUGGGAGCCCCCUGCCCUGGGCCCAGACUCUCAGGGUGGGGAGCGGGAGGGCUUCCCCCACACACACACACCGGAAGGUCCCCGGGCUUCAGGGGCACGGGCCCCCCUGGCCGUGCCCCCGCCUCCUGUAGCCUCCCGCCCGCCCGCACCCUCGAUGCUGCACGGGCCCGCCCGCGGGGCUCGGCGAGUAGCGUGUUUGUCCCCGUGAAUCGCCCUCGCUCGCCGCCCUCGGCUUCCUGACUCCAUUAGUCCGACACUUGUGAACCUCUGAGAAGUGCUGUGGUCUCAGCAAUGCGCCUGUUUUGUACAUGACUGUGUAAUUUAAAGGCAUAUAAAUACAAAUAUAUAUCGAGAGCA